AUGGCAAAGGUCAAGGCGUGGUGGCGAGACGCGGCGAAGAUCGAUAAGAAGAAGAUUGCCUCGCUCGGUUCGGCGGCGUUGCUGUCGUACGGGUUCGUGAGUAACGUGUUUUACGUGACGUCGUUGAUGCUGGCGACGUACACGGCGGUGAAGACGACGGGGGCGAGCCCGCUGGUGAAUUCGCUGUCGAUGAAGACGUUCGCGUCGUCGUAUUUUGGGUUGUGGAUGAUUCAAAACUUUUUGCGCCCGGCGCGAUUCGCGUUGUCGGUGGCCAUCUCCCCGGGGACGGAUAGAAUCGUGGAGUUCUUUCGUAGGUACGCGCCGAAUAACGAUAAGAAGUGGGCGUUUGCGUUGACUGUGUUUUGCAUCAACGUUGUCGGGACUUUUGCGUACAUGUUUGCCGGGUUUGGAUUGAUCGUAGCGCUCACGGGCGUACCGCUGGAAUUGUCAUCUUUCGGCGGACUGUUGGCAGCCGCCAAAACGGCAAAGACGGGCGCGGUGUAG